UAAAAGUAAUAAUUAAAAUCUAUUCAUGAAAACAACUGAUAUCAUAAUGCAAAGAUGUUUUAUUAAAAGAGAAAUUUUAGACAUUUGUUGCUUUUUGAAAGAAAAAAUAGAAAAAUAUAUUUGUGACAAACAUGCAAACUCAACAAAGUUGAAUUCUUUUAAAUUUAUAAUACGAAGCUGUUACUUCUUCUUAUGGGAGCUACAAAUUUUUAUGCAAACAGACAUAACGAAUAUAUAUUUGCAACUUUACCAUUGCCAAACAACAAGAACAUUGUGCUACUUCUUUGGUAACUUUUAAUUUAGAGAAAAGCAGAAAAGAAUUAAUUUUGACGAAAACUUAAAUUGGCAGGUGUUAAGAAUUAUCUAUUGGUGGUAGUUUGAUUUAAAACUGAUCGAUAGGCAGGAGACAACGAAAAACAUUAGGUUUUGAUAGUUGUAUUGACGCCACCAGUGCAGAAAGAAGCAUUCAUUAUAAAGAUUUUGUUUUUCCUUGUCUGUUAACAUGUAUAAUUUAAAACGCUUGUUCAUAUGAUUUUGAUCAACAGUUAGGAAGGGUUAAAUUGUUAAAAGUCAGCAAAAACUCGCAAAAGUAAUAUUUGAAAGUGUCUCCCGUGUGUAGGGUUCAAAACAAUUGUAGAUGAUGGAAUUUCAUAACGUUAUCAAUUUGUCUUUUAUUUAAAAAGUUUGGUUAACCCAGCUUUAGGAAAUUGGUCCUUUUUAGUUUCUGGUAGCCUCUAGUUACCCACUCAGCAGAUGACGUCACUAGAUUCCACAUUUUUUCAAUUUAAUUGUCCUUAAACUGCAAAAUACUCUGCAAAAGCUUCACCAACUGUAAAAAAUCAUUGGAGUCAAUCUUUGUAAUUACUUAAUGUUAAAAACCCGAUGAACAAGUUGAUCUACUCUCCUAAAUUUUCUCCUCAACAUUCUUUAUAAGGAAAAAACAUCUUGAUUGCAAGCAAGAAUUUUAGCUUAGUUCUGUAUUCUCAGUCAGGGACCAAUUUUUCUUAUUAACGUAAAAGAUCUUAAAUCGAGCAAUUCUGCCAACUUAGUUUCGAUUUAAAUUGAAUAACAACCUUUUGCUUUUGAAAGAACCAACACACAAAGAAAACAUCAAUAAUUGAAAAAUCUCAGCAAUAUUACUAAGUAAAAUAACAAUUAUAAUUGUUAAACGAUUUUUAUUUAUUUAUUUAUUUUUUGUUUUAUAUUUUGUUUUAUCGCCUUUUUAGAACACUACCAAGAAAAACAAAGAAAAAGAAAAAGAAAAAUUUAAUUAUGGAAAAGAAAACCCUCAAAAAAAUCAGAAAAAGAAAAAAACUCAAAAACAACAACAACAACAAAAACAACAACAACAACCCAAAAAACAACAACAACAUAUUCAGCAACAACAACAACAUAUUCAGCAACAACAACAACAUCAAAUGCAGCAACAACAACAAGAAAUUCAAGAGCAACAACAACAACAACAACAACAACAACAACAGCAACAACAAAUGCAGCAGCAACAACAACAACAACAACAACAACGGCAGCAGCAACAAGCCCCAAGAGAAGUGUGGAGGAAUGGAGAAAAAUUUAUUCUACAUUCAGUUGUCCGAAGGAAUCCGAGAAGAGCAGUGAAGAGAGUGGCGGAAAAUGAUGGUGCAGCAGUGUUGGUCAGAGUUAGGCGGAGGAGGUUAAACCGAGGGGAAAAUCGCGAAGAGGAAGAAAAUGAAAAUAUCCAUAAUGAGGCCUUUGAGCAACCACCACCAAUUCAACCAGUAGCACCCAUGCCAGUGGAGGAGGAAGAUCGACCAUACAUAGUCCCACUUGAUCCUCCUCCAAAUUUACAAAAUUGGCUUGAAAACGCACCAGAAUGGCUGAGAUUAUACAUGCGCACACAAGAGGAGAGAGUUUCUGCAUUGGAGGCUCGCGUGGAGGCACUAGAGAAUAACGUACAACAGAGGGGGGCAGCCAGGGAUCAGUCUCCACCACUUUCCCGUCCACCAUCACCCCGUUCCCUUAUUCCUAAUUGUUGUUUACCUGUUCCAAAACUUCCACCAAUACCCCUUUCUUUAUCAUCGUCAUCUGUAACUGUAUGUGCGCCCCGUUGUUUGUCUGUGCCGUGUGUUUCGUUGUCUUCGUCUACGUUAUGUCCAUGUUCGUCCUCCCCGCAGAAUCCACCAUUCCCUUGUGAACACCCUAACUCUCCAGCAUAUUCCCCCGUUCCACCACCAAUCCAGCCAACAAACCAAUCAACACCCAUUUCUUCCAAACGACGUUAUCCCCGCUUCUCAUUCCACACUCCAUCAACACCUCCAGGCCCACCUACACCACCACGCCCACCUACGCCACCACGCCCACCAACUCCACCUCAUUUGCCUACUUUCUUUCCUCCGAUAACGUCUAAUCCAACACCAUCUACCCCCCGCCCAUUGUCAUUCCGUGUUAAUCGUCGUCCCGCCCUUUAUAGCCGUCCCACCCCUCCAUAGCCACCUCCUAUUUAAGUUUCUUGUAAGUUUGGUAUGUAAGUGAAAUGAUUGGCUGUGGAGGGACAAUCACCCUUUCUUAAUUUCUAAGACGUAGUGGUUUAUACUUUGUUCCGUUUUAACCUUAGUGAUACCGAACGUUUUACUAAUGCCUUCAUCUUUUUUCUCGUAAAAGGGAGUAUACGUCGUUACAUGCAGCUGUGUAUUGCAGCAUAAAUGUUUUGCUUUUCUCAACAGUUUUUUAGGAAGACUAAAAUGCAAGUACCCUCAGAGGUUUAUGCAAAUAGAUUUCAUACUUGUGUUCAUUACGUAACAGUGUGAGUUGCUCGUCAUAUCAGUUUUGUCUUCCUGUUUAAGCUAAAUGCUAACAUCCAGAACUAUGAGAAUGUUUCAGAAUGGAGAGAUAAUUCGGGCAUAGAUUGUCUGUUAAACAGAUAGCUUCAUUGAAAAAUAUAUGCAUAAUUACACGUAUGAGGGGAAAAUUUUAUCCAUUGAGAAAUGUUGAUAACGUUUAUAUGUAUCAUUUUGACUUUUAAAAUUGUAAUAUUUUUGUUAACAUAUAUCAUCAAUAAAGAUAAAACACGAUUAAUUUAACAUUUAAAUGUUGGAUAUCUACAUUUAUUUAGCAGCAGUUCUCAUAUCUUGCUUACGUUUUCUUUUCGGUUAUGAUAACGGUGAUUGCACUGUGCAAUAAUAAAAAAAGAUAUAAAAUGUUUCGCUAGUUUCAACUUGAAUGACAUAAGAUGUCAAGUAGAAAUUGAUAAUAUCGCAGCUCAGCUAAAUAAUUCUAGAUUUCCCUUCACACGCUUUUAUUACAUAACAAUCAGCUGCUAUUACCUUUAGAAGAGAAAUUUAUCUCGAAUUCUGUCAAAUUAAAGGUUUAAGCCUUGUGGAUUUCUAAAAGUGUUAAAACAAUGCUGAAACUAAAUUAUUUAACAAUUCGUUGUAUUUAAUUCACGCCAAAAUGCUUUUUAAACCGUUUGUCAAAUUGA